AUGGCGGAAGUUGCUACCAACGAAGAAACCUCCAAUACUGUUGAAGAACCUUUAGAUUUGGUCCGAUUGAGUUUGGACGAACGAAUUUUAGUCAAGAUGAGAAAUGAUAGAGAACUCCGGGGAAGACUUCAUGCCUACGAUCAACAUUUAAACAUGGUAUUAGGCGAUGUCGAAGAAACGAUCACAACUGUAGAAAUUGACGAUGAAACAUUUGAAGAACUAUAUAAGACUUCCAAAAGACAAAUUCCAAUGUUAUAUGUACGUGGUGAUGGUGUAAUUUUGGUCUCGCCACCGCUUCGUGUUGGAGGUGUAUAA